AUGACGAAAGACUCCAAAUCCAAACCGAAGCUGCCUGUGCAGCAGCUGGCAAUUCUAGCCGUCGCCAGAUUUGCAGAGCCCUUGGCCUACACCUCUGUCUGGCCCUACCUCCCUGAGAUGAUUCGGGGGUUUGGCGUCAAGCGUGAUGAAGUGGCAAAAUGGGCUGGCGUCACAUCUUCCGUCUUCUCUAUCUGUCAAAGCAUCACAGCCGUCCCAUGGGGCAAGGCGUCAGACAAGUUUGGCAGAAAGCCAGUGCUCAUUUACGGACUUAUCAGUACCAUGAUUUGCUUUAUAAUAUGGGGCAUGUCAACAAGUCUCACCAUGGCUAUUACUGUUAGAGCCAUCAUGGGCGGUGGUAACGGCAACGUUGGCAUUAUUAGAACCAUGGUGGCUGAGAUGGUCACUGAAAAGGAGCUGCAGCCAAGAGCCUUCUCCAUCAUGCCUUUGGUCUGGUCACUUGGAUCAGUCGUCGGACCCGCGUUUGGAGGAUUCUUUGCCCAGCCAGCCAAGCAGUUUCCCGGCCUCUUUGGAAACAUUGAGCUCUUCAAGACAUUCCCCUAUCUUCUGCCAAACCUCUUGGCUACCGUUUUCUUCCUCAUCUCUGCUGCCAGCGCGACCUUUUUCCUGAAAGAAACCUUGGCUGACAAGAAGGAGCACAAGGACUGGGGAUUGUUAGUUGGGGAGCGCCUCACAAGGCUUAUUCGCCGGAAGCCGCAGCUCAUUUCUCAGCGCCGCAGGUCCUUUGUCGAUGGAGAGGCUACUGCACCGCUUGUCCCGAGCAGAGUGACACCCAAAAAAGCCACCGCGCCAAAGGCCCCUACUGGAAUGAAGGAAGUGUUUUCUUACCAGACCACGGUCAAUCUCAUCUCAUACACCUUUUUAGCUUUCCAUUCGGUUGCGUAUGACCAGAACAUUACCGUCUUCCUGGAUUACCCCGUCAUUCCUCGAACUCCUGAGAACACAAAGUUCCCUUUUUACUUCACUGGUGGUUUUGGACUUAGCUCAGGUACUAUUGGAACACUCUUCACCAUCUACGGUAUUACUUGCGGAUUAAUCCAAUUCCUUAUUUAUCCGCCAAUGGUUAACCGCUAUGGUGUUCUAAACUGCUUCAAAGUUGUUUCUGUCAUGACACCAUUCGUCUACUUCAUUACCCCGUACACUUCUCUGCUCCCCACACCUGCAACGCGGUUCGCCGCCAUCCUCACAGUCAUGAUGAUCAAGGCUUUUGCCAUCAUCAUUGCAUUUCCCUCGACGACGAUCCUACUCACCAACUCUGCCACCUCCCUUCGCAUUCUUGGCACCCUCAACGGGUUUGCCACCAUGUUUAGUGGCCUGGGGCGAGCUGUCGGGCCCGCUUCUACUGGCUGGGCAUUCUCCUGGGGUGUUGAGCAUGGUUACAUCGUUUCAGCGUACUUCUUCCUAGCUAUCAUCUCUGCUAUUGGUGCCAUCCCCGUCUUCAUGAUCGUGGAGGGACAAGGACCCACAGCAUCCGCAGACAACAGCGACAAUGAAGACAAUGAGGAGAAUGGAGUCUUGCUCGAAGAUGAGAGCCCUAUAGAAGACUACGAUGAUGCCACAGAUGACGAGGCUACUGCAGCGUCUCCUCUCCUGGGCAGAAACAGAGGCAGUUCCUACAAAACCACAAGCACUGCAAAUAAUUAA